GCCUUGCCUUCCCCUCCUACUCCUGCCCGGCCCAGCCCGGCUCCGCUCGGCUCGGCGCUGUGAUUGGGCGGAAGAUGGCGCUGGGCGGAUGGAAAUCCUAAUGACAGUCUCCAAAAUCGCCUCCAUCUGUACCAUGGGCGCCAAUGCCUCAGCUUUAGAGAAAGAGAUUGGUCCGGAACAAUUUCCAGUCAAUGAGCACUAUUUUGGUUUGGUUAAUUUCGGGAAUACAUGCUACUGCAAUUCAGUUCUUCAGGCACUUUAUUUUUGUCGACCAUUUCGAGACAAAGUCUUAGCAUACAAGAGCCAACCAAGAAAAAAAGAGAAUCUCCUUACAUGCUUAGCUGAUCUCUUCCACAGUAUAGCCACCCAGAAGAAAAAAGUUGGAGUAAUACCUCCCAAGAAAUUUAUAACAAGAUUACGAAAAGAAAAUGAGCUUUUUGAUAACUACAUGCAGCAGGAUGCACAUGAGUUCUUAAACUAUCUAUUAAAUACAAUUGCGGAUAUCUUGCAAGAGGAAAGAAAACAAGAGAAACAAAAUGGUCGCCUACCUAAUGGCAACAUUGACAAUGAAAAUAACAGCCCACCAGACCCAACCUGGGUUCAUGAAAUCUUUCAGGGAACAUUAACUAAUGAAACCAGAUGUCUUACAUGUGAAACUAUAAGCAGCAAAGAUGAAGACUUCUUAGACCUUUCAGUUGAUGUGGAGCAAAAUACUUCAAUCACUCAUUGUUUAAGGGGUUUCAGCAAUACAGAAACUCUGUGCAGUGAAUACAAAUAUUACUGUGAAGAAUGUCGCAGUAAGCAAGAAGCACAUAAAAGGAUGAAAGUAAAAAAGCUGCCUAUGAUUCUAGCUCUCCAUUUGAAGAGAUUUAAAUACAUGGAUCAGCUGCAUCGAUACACAAAACUCUCUUAUAGAGUAGUUUUUCCUUUAGAGCUUCGUUUAUUUAACACCUCAGGAGAUGCCACCAAUCCUGACAGAAUGUAUGACCUUGUUGCUGUGGUAGUUCAUUGUGGAAGUGGCCCUAACAGAGGACAUUAUAUUGCAAUAGUGAAGAGUCAUGAUUUUUGGUUGCUUUUUGAUGAUGAUAUUGUUGAGAAAAUUGAUGCACAAGCUAUUGAAGAAUUCUACGGGUUGACGUCAGACAUCUCAAAGAACUCUGAGUCUGGUUACAUCCUCUUCUAUCAGUCUCGGGAUUGAGGAGGAACUGUAGUGAAGAGAUAUUUUUAUGUCUCACAUCUUCUCUAUCUUGGAAUGGAGCAAGCACUGAAAAAAAGGAAAGCAGGGAGCUCCAGGGGCAGUAGCACAGUUUGCACACAACUAAGCAAAGAGUUAGGGAUUCUUAAAACCUUUGUAUCAUUUUCAUUUUAUUUGCUCAGGUAUCAUGCUGACUACACAUCUCCACUGCAUCCCAUAAGCAAAAAGAGAGAUACCAGCCACUCUUGCAGGAGCUUUCCGUUAGGUAAUACUAUCUCUGUGGUCCUAAUUCAAAGCCCAUUAAGGUCACUGGAGAACCUUUCAUGGACUUCAGUGGAAUUUGAAUCAGGUUCUAACUGCACUGCCAGAUUGGUGCAAUAGGAGCAUUAGAAAUCUGUAUUUUAUACAGACUUUGUGUAUAAAAGGUAAAGGACUCUUUGUGAACUUAGUUUCCUGUGCUUAAGUUUAAAAGAAUGAGGUUGGGAGGGUUAACAUGUAAGCAAGAAGAUAUAUCUGGGCCCAACACAAUUGCCUUCUUGAUGGUAGUGGUUUAACUGAAGAUACAAACUGGUGUCAGGGAGGCAAGUAUGUUUUGCUUCUCUGAAGAAGCUUACGUUAUUUAUAAUGUAUGAUCGGGAACAAUCAGUCAAGAUUAUGGCUUUUAAUCUCCGUAUGGGGAAAGAUUUGGUUUGUAAUGGUUUAUUUUUAUUUAUAAAUUAUUGUAACUUAGGAUCUUGUGUAUUGUCCUUUAUUCUAACAUGUAUUGGAAAUUUUAUAUAUUAAUUUGAAUUAAAACUAAUUAUGUUUAAAUGUUAAAGAAGAGCCAAUAUAAAUUCUAAAAACAAUGCCUACAAUAUCUGUAAAAAAUUAAUAACACAGAAGAGAGAUUUCCUUCUGGAGGAACUGGUAUCUAAGUGAGGUACUUUAAUUAAAUUAGAAUAUCCUCUUUCCAUUAAUGGGCAAAAAAAAAGUGAUCAAACUAUUACACAGAAGACUUUAAGAAUGCAUAUUGUAAGAAAAUGAUGGUGCAGUGGUGGUAUACAGGUCUUUAUAGUUCUUUAAUAAUUUGUUAAUGGUUCAUACUCUAAGCAAAUUAGAAUGAUUUGGAUCAAAGUAAACUAUUUUAAGAAUAUUAUUCCCUCUCCUAAAAAUAGAUCCAUUUCUGUUCCAAAUGGCAUGGGUGACUAUCUCAAAAACCACUCAACGUGUCAAGUAUAAAUUACGUCUGAGUAAUAAGAAAAAAGAGGCUUGGAAUUUCAUGGGACUGAAGAUACCACAUUCCUUGUAAAGUAAUAAUACCUAAGUCCUGUAGAGUGAAAUUUUAUAAAACUAGGCAGUUUACCUUGCUUUAGGUUUAUGAAACAGCAUUAAGAAUUAAAUCUUGACAAAACACCUGAUCUGUAAGAAAUGUGAACUGUUGUGAUUUGACAUUGAUUUUUCCACUUACCAGUACGUUGUCUGACAGUAGCUGAAUGUAAUUUCUGGAAAGUCAUGGGAUGUGCGUUCCAGAUUAUGGCAAUCAGGUCUUGGAUGUCCUUGUCACUCCCUCUUCAGCUAGUGAUUUUUACAUUAUUGUAAUUUUCUAAGGUUAUUUUAUUGAUACUGUUACAACUCUUAAAAAGAAUGUCUCCUGUCUGCUGCUAUAACUGACUAUUUACUUACCUGUAUCUUUUAGCUCAGGAAAUGACUUCACCUAUUCACUCAGUUGAACAAAUCUUUAACAGGGUCACUAAAUAAAUUGGGCUAUUUAGCAACUGUCAUACUGUAACAAAUUGCUUUUGUAAAAUACAAAGUUU